AUGAUGGGAAAAUUGAAUUGCGGUUUACAAAGAAAAAGUUAUUUCGUAGUAUUGGAUGAUUCGGCCGAUUUAUGGAAUUUCUGCUUUCAGGUCGACAAACUUAUGCGUAAUCUGUGGGGCGAUCGUUUCUUCAACCUCAAAACGAAGAAGUGGUCUUCAUCACAGGACGCGGACAGCAAGCGCGGAUUUGUACAGUUUGUGCUGGAUCCCAUCUUCAAGGUCUUCGAUGCCGUCAUGAACGUGAAAAAAGAUGAGACGGCGAAGCUGCUUGAAAAGCUCAACAUCAAACUUGCGCAUGAUGAAAAAGAUUUGGAGGGAAAACCACUCAUGAAGGUGAUGAUGCGUAAAUGGUUGCCAGCGGGUGAUACGAUGCUUCAAAUGAUCUGCAUCCACCUGCCGUCUCCCGUAACUGCUCAAAAGUAUAGGAUGGAAAUGUUGUAUGAAGGUCCACACGAUGACGAGGCCGCUGUAGCAAUAAAGAAUUGUGAUCCGCGUGGCCCGCUGAUGAUGUACGUGUCAAAAAUGGUGCCCACGUCGGACAAGGGACGAUUCUAUGCCUUCGGACGUGUUUUCUCCGGAAAAGUGGCGACUGGUAUGAAAGCCAGGAUCCAAGGACCAAAUUAUGUGCCAGGAAAGAAGGAGGAUUUGUACGAGAAAACCAUACAGCGUACCAUUUUGAUGAUGGGCCGGUAUGUGGAGCCAAUUGAGGACAUCCCGUCGGGCAAUAUUGCCGGUCUUGUUGGCGUUGACCAAUAUUUGGUGAAAGGUGGCACUAUCACAACGUUUAAAGAUGCUCAUAAUCUUCGUGUUAUGAAAUUCUCAGUGUCACCGGUCGUGCGUGUUGCCGUGGAGCCGAAGAAUGCAGGCGACCUUCCAAAGCUUGUGGAAGGACUGAAACGUCUAGCAAAAUCGGAUCCUAUGGUUCAGUGCAUAUUUGAGGAGUCUGGCGAACAUAUUAUUGCG